AUGCUGACUUGCCUAUCUCUCUAUGGAACCUAUUCCUGCCGUCCAAGCUUCAUUCGACCGUUUUUAUUCGAUGCCGUUUUCAGCACAGUGCUUCUCUUAUUAUUUGUUGCAUUCUCCGUUCUUAUAUAUGUGCAAUUAACUUCAAGCGAAGACCUUGAGGAUAGAGAAGAUGCGAUGAGAGUUCAUUUGAGGAAUGUCUACGUUGGAGCAGCAUUCCUACUCUCAUACCUAGUAUGGAUGGUGAUAUCGAUAAUCGCUUACAUAGACACAAAAAAAUUACAUGCCGACUUUAUGUACUGGAUUGUUGAAGAGCGUGUUAGCAUGCGAUCAAAAGCUAAUGUCUCGUCGGAUUUGAGAUCUGACCGAUCAUCAAAAGGCUCCCGAGCUUCAAGAGCUAGCCAUGCUAGUCAUGCUAGUCGUACCAGUCAUACUUCGAACCGUAGCACUCGGUCCGAACUGCCCAGAAUGAACUCAGUCACAACUGCUGGAGUUCGCACUAGUGCGUCAUUGCUGAAUACCACCUUAUCAGUUCCUUUGUGA